AUGAAUAAAUUUUAUAUUCAAAUCGCUUUAUUUAUUUUAAGCAUUUUCGCAUAUGGAAAUAAUGAAACCCUUGCAUCUGAUCCUGCUCCAAAAAAAGUUCCCCGAAAAGUUCCCAAUAAAUCUACAACACCCAAAUCAAACCGUCAUUAUUUUACUUCAGAAGAAAUAUAUGAAAAAAACAAGGACCUAUUAUGUACCAACCCAAAAGAAACUAAAGAAGCGGAAGAAGUUAUGAACGAAGCUGUAAAACAUUUAGAAUCUCAUGCUUCACGCAUGAAUGGUUAUAAAGCAUUUACAAAUUUCAAUGACCCUGAUGUAAAUUUAUAUAAAAAAAAACUUGAAAACCAUACAGAUAUUGAAAGAAUUAAUUAUAUAGUUUAUGAUUUCGAUAAGUAUAAUGAUACAAUAAACGAGAUAUGGGAUCCCAAUCAUCUCAGUCCUUUCAAUAAUGGCGAUGUUAAAAUUGCUCGUGUGUACAACCCAAAUUUAGUAAUAAUACAACAACGUUACAAAAAAAAAUCUGGAUCCCCUCAGAAAUACUUUUAUGCUUUAGCUACAAAGGUCCAAAUAUCAGAAAUUACAACUAUAAUUGCCUAUGUAUCAGCAGAUAUAAAUGAUCACAACCCUUCCAAAAAAAAAUACGAAAAUACAAUCGUAAAAAAAGCAAAUUCAUUCAAAACUGACAUUAAUUCUGAAGAAGAUAUUAGAAAAGGAAAAUUAAAAAAAACGUUUGUUAACCUAGCUGGAUAUUACAUUCAAGAUUACAAAGGCAUGGCUAAUAUCACCUAUAUCGGAUCUAUUGAUGGACACUCUUUGAUUAAACCCAAGUGCUUUUGUGUAUCAUGUUUUAAAUACUAUCAUAUUAAUAUAUAA